AGAGGGCGGUAUGACCUUCUUGUGUAUGGUGUAUGAUCCAUACUCACGAAGUAAAGGAAGAAGAAGACGCUGCCAAAUAUGGGCAAAACACCACGGCUGUUAGCUCGCUGUGCUAGCUUCAUAAGUGGGCGUACGAGCUAGCUAGUUUGUGAAAAAUAACGAGCUCAUUACUUUUGUGAACAUUAUCCCUUAAAAUUAUGAUAUUGUUGCACUUUAUAUUUUGUAACAAAAAUUGAAUUCAACACCGAGAAAAGAUAACUUCGCUAACUUUCCGUACUGCUUGUUGGCAACAGUCAGAGCUGGCUAAGUUGUGAGAGGUAUUUGAGUGAAGGGGUUAAUCCUAAAAGAGCGCAGACAAGAUGUCAGUGGAGUUCCCCCUACCACCACCUCCUCCUCCUCCUCCUCCUCCAGGUCCACCACCUCCUCCAGCCUCAACGGCCAAGAAGAAGAAGCUGUAUCAGACUAUAGCCAGUAGCAGGAGUCCUGUGGAGGGGAACCACACAGAGGCCCGCUUACUGCUCAGUCAGAGGGAGAGCAGUUUUAGGAAGGACUUGCAGUGGAUACUGGUGAACACAUACGUGCCCUCCCUCAUUCAAGAUGGUCCACAGUGCGGCCUGGUGGCUUUGUGGAUGUCCGCUCACCUUCGACAGCCCCAGCUGAGUAUUGACAUGGAAACUGUUGUUCAGACGGCUCUCAGCAGGGGAUACACGGCACAGGGUGAAAUGUUUUCAGUUGACAACAUGGCCCUGCUGGCAGAGGAGGUUUGUGGCUGUAAGGCGGAGCUGCUGUCAGGGGGUUUGAGUGGGAACAAUGCUGCAGCCAUCAUCGCCCACCUGUGGGGGAGACAGCCUGUCCUCAUCCCAUAUGAUGAGGACUACAACCAUGAGCCGUGCCAGCGCAGCGGACACAGGGCACACUGGGCAGUUGGUUCAGGUGUUCUCCUCGGUUUGGACCAGGGGAGCGUAAGCAAGGAGCACACUCACCCUGAUCCCACUCUGCCCUGGCUCUACCUCGCCGUGGACAGCAGCUCUUCCUGUCCUGUUGCUAGCACAGCGGUCAAAGAGGUUUACAUCCUGGCUAAGCAGGGCAAAAGCCUGCACUACCAGCUGUGGAGUCUGGACAGCGUAGCUCAGAGCAACCAGCAGCUGAGGAAGAUGGACCCUCAUAGAGCUAAUGACGGGACCCAGUACGUGGUUCCUCAGGGAGGGGUGGAAGCAGGGCUGGCUGGAAAGGCGGUGUUGCUCCACACAAGGACACAGAAGCAACAAUGAGUGUGACGCUGUACUCUUAUCUGUAAAACAAAGUAUACAAGCGGAAGUUUCUGAGACCCCUAACACACUGAUCUGUUGAGGCGUAACGGUGUACUCUCAUCCAGUCCAAUGUGAUUAAUACCAGUUUAACCCCAAAUCUGUAACUACCUGACUUUGACAAGUUUUAGAAUUUGUACACUAUCCACAUAUUCUGGGUUAGUAGUCUUAAUAUUUCUAGUUAUGAGGCCCUUUGCAGGCAGUGAUUUUGGCAAAUUAAUAGGACUGCAUUUCCAAGUGUUAAUAUGAUGAAGAAAAACAUUCAUUUAAUUUAAAAAUAAUUUACUGGAUGAACCAAAAACAAAUUUUCACCACAUUUUAGCUUUAAGAUUCCAUCAGAAUUUCCAGAAAAUACACUUCAAUACAAAAUGAUCCAUAUCUCCCUCCCCUAGAUCCAUUCAUCACUUUAAUUUACAGAAUGCAGUUUUUAGGGAGAGUUAUACAUUUGUCCUGCAGGGUUACAAUUAAUGGAAUAUAUAUAUAUGUAAAUAUACACAUACAAUAAAUGGUUUAAAUUCUUGAUUUGAAUUUUGUGUUUUGUCUUCCUAAUUCAUUGCCUACCUGUAAAUGUGUUGGGAUAUUCAGUCUAGGAAAUAUUUAAAGGAGACCUAUUAUGCUUUUUCAUAUUUUCUCAAAUCCAUAAUGUUACACUAUUGGAUGCUCGUCUGUGGCUCCGUUGGUAGAGUGGUCGUCUACCAAUCCCUGACCACUGCCAUCUGCACGUUGAAGUGUCCUUGGGCGUACCACUUAACCCCAAAUUGCUCCCAAUGUGGCACCAUCGCUGUGUGAACACGCAUGAACGUUUGUCUGAUGAGCAGGCGGCAUCUUAUCUGGCAGUCACCAGCGUAUGAACGUGUGCAAAUGGCGUGCUUUCAGUAGUCGCUAGGGUUAGACAAGUGCUAUGGAAAUUCACUCCAUUUACAUUUAUAUGCUCUCUUGCAGUUAGGAUUUGGCUGCAUAGAGACAGCAACAUCAGAGCACUGACGUGGAGACUCCAGAGAUCUGCAAACACUGACCAAUCGGAGCAAACUAGUCUUUUUCGGGAAGGUGCUUAAAGAGACCGGCGCUCCAACAGAGCAUCUCAGCAUCUGGGUUCUCGCUGUCUCUGUACCGUCAGUGCAGCUGAGAAAUGACUAACGGCACUGUGGCAGUCUUUCUUCCUGUAUAUAGGAUAGUAGUGACAUCACAACUGUACGGAAGUCUCGACUGCUCAUUUAAAGGCUCAGUUUCUGAAUAGGUGCAGCAUGCAUUUCAGUUCAGAAAAGGAUUCCCGAUACUUUUACCAGAUUUGUAUAGCAUCUCAAACUUCUUUAUAAUAAGACAUGGAAACUCACUUUUUAUAAAAUUGGACGCUUAAACACUGAAAUGAGUGUAGGUUUGAGAUUUGCAGUGUAUGAUCUGAGUUGUGUGUUUAGUGAGCAAUAAAACAAAAACUGAAAAAUCUUACUUCCAGUUUAUUGCAAUCCAUGAGCUGGCCAAAGCAGGGAAUUAAUAUCAAUUUUCAAAAGUAUGUCUGUGCUUUGCAACUUUAAAAUACACUGCCUUUAUAAAAAAAAUAAAAAUACAAAAUGUAGUUUUUCUUAAUGCAGCACCCAGCCUGAAAACCUGAUAAUUUGCCAUUUUACAAAUCUAGAGGAUUUGUGGGCAAAGAAACAAAAACACUUUGUAAACACUAGAUUAUUCCAAUUAUUAAUCCUCUCCCAUUAGGGUUUACUUCUCAGGAACUGGAAAAAUUGAAAUGGAAUUCCAAUUUCAUGAAGUCAGAUGUUUAUCCAACGCACACGCCCAAAGCCUGACACUGACGAAGGACAUCUUGAAAACUCAAGACUGUUAUGGCUGCAUUCCAAUCAUGAUGUGUAACCUAUGGUCAUAUGACUUUCUAUCUAAAUAUACCAAUGUUUCUUUGUAAACUACAUUCUGCAUACAAAAAUCAAACCCGAUAAACCGGUUUGAUGUAGUUGGAUGAGAUUUUGACUUGUAUUCAAUUAUGCAUUAAUUGUUUCACAUUUCCAGUUUAAAGAUCACGUGUAAGCUGGAAAACAAGUGUAACCUCACAAAAGCCUAAACAGACUGCAGAUUAAUGAGGUACGCUGAUUCCAGUUUCCUUUCACCCAAUACACCACUGCUUUACUCCCUGCAAGCAACUGAAGCAAUCUGAUCAGAUUCAUCUGAUCAUCUAAAGCAACAUUGAUCAGAGAGAAGUGCUAACAAAUUAAAUUCAUGUGAUAAACGUCAACAUGUCUGUGUCUGUAAACCCGAUACUUGACUGCUGCUCCCCACUCUUAAGACACAAAGGCACCGUCUGAUUUGUUCAAUGGCUUUGUGAGGAUUCAUAGUGCAACAAAUUCCAGACAAAACAUGGCUGCCAAGCUGAUUACUGCACAGUAAAAAGAAAGAAAA